GUUUCCACGUGCUAGGCAAGCACAGUCGCUAUCCGGCACGGCUUGCGGACGCUGCCAAACGCAUCUGUUCCCAUCGUGGCCUGUUGUCGUCCGUGUUCUCAAUGGGCGUCAGAAAUUCUUGGGCGGAGUGGAUGCUGACUUCAUGGCUACUGGUCGUGUGGACCUACAUGCCUGCUGCCACUGCCCAAUCAUGUAACGUGACGCAAGUUCGCCAGUGCUACAAAGGCAUCCUUGAGAGUUUCCUCGAUGACUUCGCAAGAGGGCCACUCAACGUGAGCCAACUGGAAGGCCUGUGCAAGCAACAUGACGCUGCGUCACCGUGCCAAGAGGAGAUGAGUUCAUGUCUCGAUGCUCACCCUGAACUGGAAGGUAUGGAAAGACUCUACAACGCAGUAUACGAAGACGCCUG